UGCAGCUGAAAAGAACAGACCACCUAUUGAGAAAGAGAGAAUUGUCCCACGUGCACACAUAUAUCUAUAGGUUUUCAAAAAAUAAAGUUAUGGAGAAUUUAAAAUAAUUUAUUUGUCAUUAAGUAUUUGCGUUACGUAAAAGCUGCUAAAAAUGCAAGUUUCCGCUCCGAAUAAUAUAAAAAUUUAUAAUCUAAGCGCUGGGAAGUCUCUCCCUGAGUGGUUAUCUGAACGAAAACGAAGAAGUUUAGUAAAAAAGAAUGUCGACAUACGACGGCGCAUCGAACUUAUUCAAGACUUCAGCAUGCCUGGUGUGAGUACAUCCAUUAGAGUUUCUAAAGAUAGACAGUAUAUCCUUGCGACAGGAAUUUACAAACCACGUGUAAAAUGCUUUGAUGUACAAAACUUGUCAUUGAAGUUUGAGAGAUGCUUUGAUUCUGAUGUGGUCACUUUUGAGAUAUUAUCAGAUGAUUAUAGUAAAUUAAUAUUUUUACAUUAUGAUCGCAAUAUUGAAAUUCAUGCUGCUCAAGGAAAAUAUUACAAGCUUAGAAUGCCACGCUUUGGAAGAGACCUGAAAUAUCAUUAUCCCUCAUGUGAUAUUUUCAUUGUAGGCGAUAGUAAUGAAAUAUACAGAAUAAAUCUCGAACGUGGUCAAUUUUUGCAAUCAUUUGAGACGGAAGCAACUUCAGUAAACAAAUGUGAAAUAAAUUCGUUGCAUCAUCUACUUGUAGUUGGCACACAGGAAGGAAAAGUUGAAGCUUGGGAUCCAAGGAUGAGGAAUAGAGUUGGAGUGUUGGACUGUGCUCAACAUUGUAUUACCCAGGACAAGUUUGAAACAGUUCCAGCAAUCACAGCUUUAAAGUUUCAAGGAGGCUUGAAUUUAGGAGUUGGUACAUCGACAGGACAAAUAAUGCUGUAUGAUAUAAGAUCCAGUAAACCAUUUUUGAUGAAGGACCAUAUGUAUGGUUUGCCAAUCAAAAAUAUAGAAUUUCAUGAAAAAAUGGAUCUUGUUUACUCUAUGGACAGUUCUAUUGUAAAAAUAUGGGAAAAGAACAGUGGCAAAAUUUACACUUCUAUAGAAGCUCAGCACGAUUUCAACGAUUUGUGUGUUAUACCAAACACCGGUAUGCUCAUGAUAGCUAAUGAAACGAUAAAGAUGCAGACAUAUUAUAUUCCUAGUCUUGGACCUGCCCCGUACUGGUGUAGUUUCCUCGAUAAUCUCACGGAGGAAUUGGAGGAACUGAACUACGAUAUUAUCUACGAUGAUUAUAAAUUUGUUACUGAAAAGGAAUUAGAUGAAUUAGGUCUUUUGCAUCUAAAAGGCAGCAAUCUGCUCAGGGCUUACAUGCAUGGAUAUUUCAUGGAUAUUCGAUUAUACAGAAAAGCAAGAGAUGUGAUGAAACCAUUCGAAUUCGAGGAAUACAAGAAGAGAAGAAUUCGAGAGAAGAUUAAGGAGGAGUGUGUUAAUAGAGUACAGAUACAAAAAUUACCAAGUGUGAAUCAAGAGUUAGCAUUGAAAUUAAUGGACAACGCGAACAAUAAAAAUCGCAAGAAACAGGUGUCUUCUAAUCUAUUGAAGGACGAGCGAUUCAAGGCUCUCUUCAGCAAUCCUGAUUUCCAAGUUGAUAAAAAUUCUGAAGAAUUUGCUCUAUUGAAUCCUGUUAUUUCUCAACUCGACAAAAAUAAAGCUAAGGCGUUGAAACGACGACUAGUACAAGAGGAAGAAGAAGAAGAGAAACAGGAUAAUUCUUAUGAGAAUGAAACACAAGGCAAUAGCUCAGACGAGAGUUUCAUACAUGAUAGCUCUGAUAGCUCGGACGACGAGAAGCCGUGGGCUAAAGAAGUGCGAAAGAAUUAUCGCUUAAUAAGAAAAAACGAGAGAGAGAAAGAACAAGAGAAUAGUGGGGAGGAGGAUAAUAACCCGGCCGCGAAAAACGAAUCGAGACUAGACAAAAUUAAAAAUGAUGUGACGUUUGAAGAGGGCGAGUCAACAGCGAGGCGAAACAAAACAUCGUUCGCGGAGAGACUGAAGAACGAAGAGAUGUAUGAUGUCAAAGUGUCCGGCUCACACGGUUGUCGAGAAAUGACUUUUACCGUCGGCAAGUUGGACUCUAACAACGAGUCAAAAAAUGGCAAGGAUCCACCACCUCAGCAAAAUCAUGAAGAAUCUACUCAAGUCUCCAUAUCCAUAUUAACGGAUCUACAUAUUCAAAGCACCGAAGUUGGUGAGAUCGCCGAGAUGCCGGAUUACGAGAAUUUGAGUACAUCGGCGGUUCUUCAUUAUUGCAAACACAAAAUACUGAUGCCGUAUCUGAGACUGCUAGCAGUAAUGGGACUGAAACCAACCAGCAGCGAUGACUCUCGGUAUUGCAUCUUAGCGAAUCUUCAUACCUUCCAAGUUACUGUAUUUAUGUGCAUUGGAUACAUUUUACAAUACAUGGCCUGUUUCAGGAGAGACCGAGGAUUUUGUUACAAAGUAUUACCGUUGGAAAAUGGACAAACUAUAUCGGACGUCGGCGGAGAGCGGUCGCAACCGCUGUGCUAUGGAAACAUGAUAUUCAGCUACUUAAUUCCAAGCGCGUUGCAUUUAGUCGCAUACAUAUACACAGUGUAUCUAUUUCGCAUCAAGGAGAACGAGCAGCUGCAGAAUCUGAUGGAAAGGGCCUUCUUGCUUUCGUCGAAUCCCGUGAAUCGCGGCAAUCAGAAGCGUCUUGUUCAUAUACUGUGGUUAUUCAUAGCAUUGAGCGUGGUCUGGAUGAUCAUGGCGUUAGUUACAGUGAAUAUCCUAAUGGCGAAGGGAAAUAUUACAUUCCGCUGGUUGGAGCACAGUCCGCAUCAAGUAAAGAUAACGAUGAAAGUAUUUCUAAUCGUGUGUACCUUGUGGCAUGACAUGGUUCAAGGAACUAUCAUAACGAGUUACUGCCUACAAGGACAGCUAUUGAUGUCACAUCUCUACUUCUUACGCGGCAAAUUGCUUCAGCAUACUCUACCGCCCAUCGAUUGGAUGAGGGAAAUUUGCGAGUUUAAGAAGCUACUGAAAUAUUUUAACGACGAAUUAGGCCCGGCUGUAUGUAUCUACACUAUAGUCAAUAUGUCGUGGGCGGCUGCAGGUAUCAUCUGGCUAUUUCAAUACGAUGCCGAAGAGAUGAACAAGAGUUCAAUCACAUUUGUCAAUGUGAUGAAUGUUAUGUUAUGGGUAUUGAUAUCAAUCGCACCGUUCGUACAGGCCGCGCGUUUAACCACCGCCUGUUCCAUGAUGCAGACCAUAGGACACGAAGUACGUGUUCGACCGUUUGUAUAUCAGGGUACUCCAGGACAAGAUCUUGAUACUAUACUUCUGUACACGUCCUCUUUGAGAAUGUACGCUAGAUUGUUCAGAGUACCUAUCACAGGUAGAUAUUUGUGUCUACUGCUAACUAUCGGCAGUAUUUCUAUUCUUACCUUAGGACAAUGUCGGUUCUUUCAAUAACUGUGUGAAACCUACUGAAGAAAAGUUUAUUUCAAGGAACUUAUUUUUUCGAAUCAUCUUGAAUCUGAAUUUCUAAAAAAUGAAAAUUUGUAUAUACUUAUUAUGAGCUUCCGCACACAAUUCUAAACACGAUAUACAAUUUUCAUUUUUGUAGAAAUACGAAAGAUUCAAAAUAAUACAAUCGUGAUAUAUUGCACAAUGUAUGCCCUGUGUGUUUUAAGUAUACAACGUAUACUAUUAUUUAUGUAAAAUGUAUUAUCUAUAUCCACCUAAUAAAUUAUUUCACUUUAAAGAUA